AUGCAGCCAUCGAUAAAUCAAAUUUGCAAACAAGCCAGAUCAGUUGGUUUUACUUUCUCCGAGGAGAAAACAAGCUGUAUGCAUUUCUGUAGGCUUAGAAGACCUCAUUAUGACCCAUUACUGUACUUAGAAGAAACACCUAUUAGAUGUCCUAGAACUAUAAAAUUUCUUGGCAUAAUAUUUGACUCCACGCAUACAUGGAAACAGCACAUAUUAUCACUUAAACAAAAAUGCAUGAAAUCCCUAGAUAUUCUUAAAGUUCUAUCUCAUACAAAAUGGGGUGCAGAACCAAAGAUGCUUCUCACUUUGUACCAGUCGCUGAUUUUGUCACGAAUUGAUUAUGGCUGUGUUGUCUAUGGAUCAGCCUGCAAAUCUAGCUUAAACAUACUGAAUAGUAUUCACAAUGCGGCCUUGAGGUACUGUUUAGGUGCAUUCCCAACAAGCCCCGUUGAAGGUUUGUAUUGUGAAGCAAACAUACCCUCUUUAGAAGAUCGAAGAAAAAUACGGUUGUCAAAUUACAUGACAAAAAUAUUAGCCCUGGAUGAACAUCCCUAUAAUAAAAUAUGUAUGAGAGAGGCUGAAAACCAUCCCCCCUUCAGUAGAUCAGCUUUUGGAAGGUAUAGGGAGUAUCUGAGAAUUAGAGAAGUAGACCCACCUCAAUUAUUACGCCUUGAGUCAAGUGAAAUUCCUCCUUGGAAGUGUCCUCCGCCUGUAGUAAAUUUCGAAUUGGCGCAAUUUAAAAAAGGUGAAAUCUCAAAUACACACUGGCAGCAGAGCUUCCUCGAUAUUAAGAAUCGAGAGAAUGUAGAUUUCGUCAUCAACACGGAUGGAUCCAAAACUAAUGAUGGCGUCGGGUGCGCUUUCGCUACCGAGGACAAGACUUUUUCUUGGACCUUAAGAGAGGUCACAUUAUUGUGGGUUCCAAGCCAUGUAGGAAUAGCUGGUAACGAAAAAGUGGAUAAUGCUGCCCAGGAAGCCAGUUCAAAAGAUGUAGUAGAUGUUACAAUGGUUAAACCUUCCGAUUACCAAGCUUAUCUAAAAUCUAUUAUUCUGAAGGAAUGGCAACAAAGGUGGCAAAAUCUAAACAAGAAUUUAUAUAGGAUAAAGCCACUGGCUUAUGGUAAAUAUCUACGUGUUGAAUUAGAUCGAACCAGUUUAACCAAGACUCACAGACUUCGCAUUGGUCAUACCGCACUGACGCACAAACACCUACUUACUGGGGAAGAUGCACCUCUGUGUGCGGAUUGCCAGGUUAGACUGACAGUAGAACACAUUGUUUGUGAUUGCCCAAGGUAUGAACCCCAAAGACACCUGUUUAAUCUUGUGAGACCAUACGGAGAAAACUUAAAAGAUAAACAGUCAAUUGCUAAUUGUUUAAACUUCUUAAAAGCUGUAAAUCUGUUUAACGAAAUUUGA